AUGAAAACCAAAAUAUUUCGAUCACUGCUUAUUCUUCUUUUUGUUUUGACGAUCGAUGUUUUUGCAAAUUGUCCAAAAGUUCCAGAAAAAUGUGGAUGCACAGUAGGUUUUUCUUAGCUUUUCUAGAGAAAUUCGCCGGUUUUCAGAUGAACAAAGGACUAGUUAUAGUUAACUGUGAUGGAAUUACGAUUUCGAGUAUUGUUCAGGUAUUUAUCAGUACAAUAUAAGACGUCUAUAUUGAAUAAAAAGUCAUUUCAGAGUCUGGGAACACAAUCAAUUGACGAAUUGCAUGUUUCGCAUACAAAUGAAACCAAAAUCGAUAAGUUGUCAUUGAAUGGAAUUCGAAGUUUCAGUAUUAUCAAUUCCAGUGUUGAAGUGAUUUCUGACAACGUAAGAAUUGAAUGAAUCAUUAAUCGAAAAUAUAUAUGUUUUUGCAGGCCUGGGAGCGAUUGGAAAAAUCAAUCGAACAUAUUUCAUUGACCGGAAAUCGUCUGAAAAGUGUUCCGUUGUUCGGUAAUCUCAAAUCUCUCUCAACAUUGAAUCUGAAUAAUAACCAGGUAUUCUUUUACUUUUUGUUAUCUGUUUUAUUGUUUAAAUAUAUUCUAUUGUUUCAGAUUUCAAAUAUCUCGGCCAAUUCAUUUUCAUCGCUCACUGCUUUGACACAACUUCGAAUUGAGAAAAAUCAAAUUUCAACAAUUCCAUCUGCUUGUUUUCAAUCAUUGAAAAAAUCGUUGAUUUUAUUCGACAUCAGUGAUAAUUUAUUGACCAGAAUCCCAUUCGAAGUCCUUCAAAACAGUUCAGCAUUGACAUAUUUGGAUUUAUCAUCAAAUAAUAUUUCCGAAAUCAAUCAAAAUGAACUAUUGAAUUUGCCGAGUUUGAGAGAAAUUCGACUUUAUAACAAUUCUUUGCGAAGACUUCAUCCAGAUUCUUUCAAAAAUGUUGUUUCUUUGGAGUAUUUAUAUCUUCAAAAUAAUAUUUUAACAAAUUUGGAUGGAGGACAACUGAAAGAAUUUGAAAAACUCGAAAUGUUGGAUGUUAGAAAUAAUGCAUUGUACACAGUAAGUUGUCAAUUUCUUUAUUUUGAUUAUUGAUUAAUUUUCAGCUUCCGAUUCUGAAGAACUUGACAACUUUGAAACAAUUAAAAGCUGAUGGAAAUCUGAUUGAGAAAAUUGAUGACUUGGCAUUUUCAAACAACCAAAAAUUGCAGCUUAUCAGUUUACAGGUAUGAAAUGAACUUACAAUAUUCCUGUUUAAUUUUGAAGUUUUACAGAACAAUCGAAUUCGUGAUAUUUCGAAAAACGCAUUCAAUUCAUUGGAUCAGUUGUUAGUGUUGUUGAUCGGAAACAAUUCGAUUUCAAAAAUUGGUAGUUUUUAAUUUCUCAAAUUGAAAAAAUAUCUCCAUUAUUUUUAGAACACGGCUUGCUGAAUGGAUUGUCGAAUUUACAACAACUCAGUAUUCGAAAUAACACGCUGACAACUAUCAGUUCUACCUAUUUUUCACAGUUGCAACAAUUGACAACUUUAGAUUUGGGAUAUAAUAAUAUCACAGAUAUUGAAGAACUUUCAUUCGAAAAGGCAUCCAAACUAUUCUGGCUCGAUUUAUCAAACAAUCAGUUAUCACAUUUUCGCAAAAAAACUUUCACUCGAAAAAUCUCAAAUAUUUUAUUGGAUGGAAAUAAUCUGAUUUGUGACGAAGCUUUCAAUGAUUUCUUGAGUUAUUUGGUAACAAAUAAUAUUCGAACAUGUCUUCCAUAUCAAUCUGAUAUAAAAUGCAGUGGACCUGAAAAAUAUAGGAAUGUUUUGUUGAAAGAUUUGAUGAUGAAAAAAGCAAAUGAUACAAUCAAAGAGGGAAGUCGAUUAAUUGGAUUGAAUCAAAAAUCUGAUAAUCAACAUUCAUUGUUAUCUUCAUUUAUUCCACAAUUGCCACAAUUUGGAAGUUUGGGAAAUGAUUUGGCGAGUAAUCCUCUUCCUUUUGUCAACACACUUACACAGGUUUGUUUUAUUAGUUACAUUUUUGAACUUCUCUGAAAAAUAAUGUUUAGAAAAUUCUUAUGUUUGAAAAAUCCUGACUAAUUUUUUUGCAGGCUGUACCUGCUCUUCGUUCUAUUCCUGGUUUAAAUACUCCAAGUGCCUCAGAUUCAAGUGCUGCUCCAGUUCCAAAUAAACAAUUAAAUCGAGCAAUUGAAGAUUUUACUGGUCCUCUUGUUCGAUUUGCAACUGGUGGACAACCUGUUGCAACUGAUAUUGAACAAUUAAUUCGAUCAAUUCCAAAUAUGGUUGUAAAUGUUCCUGGUUUUGGAGAUGUUGAUUUGAGUCAAAUGGAUCCUGGUAUGAUCAAAUAUAUUUUGAAUGGUGGACAAAUUCCUGGAAUUGACAAAGAAACACUUGAUAAAAUCAUUAAACAAUCAAUGUUGAAUAUGUAUGAAGCAGCUGCUGCAAAUCUUGCUGGAAAUCCAAUUGAAGGACAAGAAAAAAUAUUAUUGCCACUUGAUAAAUUGCCAUCGGAAAUGGUUUCAACAGUAAUGUCGGGAGAAGCAUUGCCUGGUUUGGAUGAAAAUCAAACAAGAACUAUUAUGGAAUAUUAUUCACAACAAUUACCAACAUUAGGAGGUUUGCCAGCAAUUGCAAAUGAUUCAACAAAUGGUAAUAUUACUGUUGUUCAAAAUAAUAGUGGAAAUAAUGGAGGAGGAGGAUUUAAUCCAGCAAUGUUCAAUAUUUUGAAAAUGCUUCCACCUGGAUAUAAUUUGAAUAAAAUUCCAAAAGAAGUUAUUAUGGCUGUGACACGUGGAGAAGUUCCUGAUAUGAGUUUGUUGCCAGAUGAUUUAUUAGAACAUUUUAAAUCUAAUCCAAAUGCUAUGACUUCAAUGUUCGCUGAUGCUAAAGAAGUGAGUCGUUUUGGAAUUUUACAUACCCUAAAAAAAUAGUUUCGAAAGCAUAAACACAAAUGUUAAUGUUUUUCAGAAGAAUAUGACAAUCGAAGAAAUUCUCAAAAAAUUACCAGUUUUUGAACGUCCUGAAUUGUCAACAUUCACACCAUAUGAUAUCAAUUCAUUGACAAGUGAAAUGGUAUUGCAGAAGCAAAAAGAAGAAAGACACAAAAAGAUCAGGUAAUUUUUCUAACUUUCAUAAUUCUCUAAAUAUGCAAAAAAUAUUACAGAAUAAUCACAAUAAUAUCAUUGGGUUGUGUCGGAGUUCUAACAUUUAUCAUUCUGAUUUUCUUUGUAUGUUAUAUUAAAAAACAAAGACGGUUGGCUGCAAUGAGAAAAAGUCUUAUCUGCCAAGAAGAAUCGCCUCCAAUCGAAUCAAAUCAUAAUGAUGAAGGAGAUAAAUCAACAAUAUUAUCAGGAAGUGCUUCUGUCAUAGUUCAACAACAAACAACUCGUCGAUCAAUUCGAAGAUCUCCAACUUAUCCAGUUCCAUCAAUUCGAACACAAAUUCCACCAUUAACACCAAUGUAUAUAAAAAGCACAACUAUGGAUAACAAUACUUUGGAAAGUACAAUUGGAAGACCUCAACUCAGCUCAACUCUUCUUGAUACACCAAAAGCACCAACUAACUUGACAAGAAAUAUUCGAAAUUAG